AUGACUACCAGGCCCUCCACUGGUGCUGAGAAAGCUCUCCAGAAGAUCAAAGACCAGGUCACUUGUGUGAUAUGUCUGGAGCCUUACAAAAAGCCAAAGCUGCUGAAGUGUCUUCAUGCGUCAUGCGAGGCUUGCCUGCAGCGUCUGGUACAUUGGGGACCAGAGGGACAGAGUGUCACGUGUCCACAAUGUCGCCAGGACACUGCUUUACCUCUUGGAGUGCAGGGGCUUCAAGGUGCAUUCUAUGUCAAUGCGAUGCUUGAUAUUCAAGAGACCUUAAAGAACACAACUGUGAGUGAUCGAUGCCCUAACCACCCAACCAAGGAAGCAGAUUUGUAUUGCAAUCAAUGCGACCAACUUAUGUGUAACCACUGCCUUGUUCCAGGUCACCGUUACCACAAGUAUGAUCUUUUGGCCAAAUCAUUUGCUAAGCUGCAGAAAGUACUUGCACACUAUUCUAAGCCAAUGGAAGAACAGAUUGCUGCAUUAGAAAAAGCUGUUGAGUCUGUUGGUACUCGGUGUUCAGCAGUCGUAGAACAAAAGACAGCUGUGGUGGCAGAGAUCCGUGCUGCCAUGGCACGCAUGCGACAGGCUCUAGAAGAGAGGGAGAUGCAGCUGGUGGGUCGAGCAGACCAGGUGGCAGAUCAGAAACUGCGGGCCUUGACGGCACAACGCACAAUGUUUGAACUGCAACUGGGCCAGCUAAGGAGUUCCCAGGAAUUUGUGGAUGUGUGCCAACGUACCUGCAGCCAGGGGGAGAUGAUGAGUAUGAAGGAUCAACUAGUGAAGCAAAUGACUGACCUGACUGGAAGCUUCAAGCCUGAGUCAUUGGUCCCCGCUGAGCAAGCUAACAUGGGGUUUGCUCACAGCUUGCCUGAACCGAUUAAGAGUUGCCAACGGUUUGGUAUAGGUCUACUGCAAUCCAGCAUCCCGGAGAAAUGCCAGGUUUCAGGUGAAGGCAUCAAGCUAGCCAUGAGAGGGCAAACUGUAGCCGUCACUGUAAAAGCUUUGAAUAAGGGAGGAAAACCCCUGCUUUGCGCAUGAAGACAGCUUUAGGGGUGAACUUAUUCCUAGUGAUGGGGGCAGUCCAGUCAGGGGGACUGUGAAGAAAAGAGGGCGCAAAAUAUCUACGACAUCAGCUACCAGCCUCAGGUGACUGGAGAGCAUGCGCUAAACAUCGCAGUUGAAGACCAUCCGAUCUCGAACAGUCCUUUCCCUGUGACUGUCCUACCCAAUUUCACUGCCACAGCCAAGAUGAUGCAUGGCUUCAAUGGGCCGUAUGGUAUGGCCAUCAGGGAGGGAGAUAUGGUGGUAGCUGAAUGUAGCGGUCGUUGUGUAUCAAUCGUCAAUGAAAGAGGUGGUAAGAGAUCGUUUGGUACUGGGGGCUCACGUCCUGGUCGGUUCAACAAUCCUAAAGGCGUAGACUACAGACAAUGGAGGGAAAAUUUUAGUAACAGACAGUAGAGCCAUUGUAUUCAUUGGUUGUCGUCCACUGGCACGCGCCUUCUAACGGUCGGUGACAAGAACAGUGGACCGCCUCAAUUCAAGUAUCCAGUCGGCAUUAAAGUGCAUCCGCUCACGCAGAAAGUGUAUGUUGUUGAAUUUGGCAACACAGAAUUCAAGUUCUCAAUUCUGACCUUACACAUUCGCAUAUACUUUGGCAAGGAGGGCUCUGGGGUCGGGGAGUUUAAGCAUCCGUAUGACUUAUCGACUGACUUGAAAGGCAACGUGUAUGUUGCUGACGGUGACAACCACCGAAUACAAGUCUUCACAGCUGACGGAGUAUACUUGAGGCACUUUGGAGAGAGGGGGGAAGGGGAGGGCGAGCUGAACCGACCAAACACCGUUGCAGUUGACGAAAAUCGUAAUUUGGUGUACGUUGGUGAAUGGGGGAAUGGUCGUAUAUCGAUAUUUUCGCACUGAUGGCGAGUUUAUCAAGUCGUUCGGAGAGCGAGGAAAUGGUGACGUCCAAUUCGGGGGUCUCUUUCUUCUGGCAGUAGACGGGAAAGGAACUGUCUACGUAUCUGACGCAAACAAUGGUAGAAUACAGAUAUUCAACUAACACAACUAAAACAGUAUGCAUUUUAGUCAUACUAUUGAACAGAAAAUGCUAUUGCACACAACUGCACUGUAAUUCUUGUGAAUUCCAAAUAUUGUGCACCAAGUUCCUGCCUAUGAAAUUUGUUUCAGAGCUUGGACAGUUACACGUUGGUAUAUUGUUCUCACAGAACAGAUAUGUGUAACUUUGUGCAUGAGACACACACACAUUGAUGGGUGUACAACCACACA